GAGAGACUGUGCGGAGCCUUGUGGAGUGGUAUGGGGGAGGGGCGCAGAGCCGCCCAGAGGGGACGGCUGAUGGGCUGGGGGGCCCUGCGGCUCCUGGUCCUGGCUGGGCUGAGCGGGAUGUGGGGUUUCCACGUGAAAGGCUGCAACGAGGUGGAAUCGCACUCCAGAGUCCCCAGCACCCACCUGCCCCGGCCCAACGUAGUAUGUGGCCGCCCCAGGGCGCUGGCCCACCACCGGAACGUGGGGGGUGAGGACUCGAUGGAGGGCGAGUGGCCCUGGCAGGUGAGUCUGCUCUGGCACAACGAACACUUGUGCGGGGGAUCCCUCAUCUCCAACCGGUGGGUGGUGACGGCAGCCCAUUGCUUCCAACGGAGUCUGAACACCUCCCACUACAUGGUGCUUCUGGGAGCCAACACGUUGGCCAACGGUCAACCUCACAAGCUCGCCCUGGGCAUCGGACGCAUCAUCCUGCACCCGAAAUACUCCGGGGAAGCCUCCAGCGGUGACAUCGCCUUGGUGGAGUUGGAGCGACCCAUCCAAUACACCGAUUACAUCCUCCCCAUCUGCCUCCCGGCUGCCUCCGUCCAGUUCCCAGCGGGCAUGAAGUGCUGGGUGACGGGGUGGGGCAACAUCAGGGAAGGUGAGGACCUGCCGGCGCCACAGACCCUGCAGAAGCUCCAGGUGCCCAUCAUCGCCCAGCAGACCUGCAGGGAGCUCUACAGCAAGGCGGCGGGAGGCAAAUUCCAGCCCAAGUCGAUCCAGGACGACAUGAUGUGUGCCGGCUACGCCGAGGGCAUGAAGGACACGUGUAAGGGGGACUCCGGCGGCCCGCUGGUCUGCAAGGUGGCCCAGGAGUGGCUGCUGGCCGGGGCCCAGCAGAGCCAAGGAACCCAAGGGGCCCAGCAGAGCCAAGGAACCCAAGUCUGCGGGCGGCGCCACGUGAGCCUCACCCGGAUCGUGGAGGGGAACGACACCAAGGAGGAGGAGUUCCCCUGGCAGGCCAGUGUCCAGUGGAAAGGGGUCCACAUGUGCGGGGCCUCCCUCAUCAACCAGGAAUGGCUGAUCACGGCCGCUCAUUGCUUCUACCAGCUCCGGAACCUGACCCAGUACCGGGUGGUGCUGGGGAUCCUCCAGCUGCAGAACCCGGGCCCCCAUUCGCGCGCCUGCCCUGUGCAGCGCAUCAUCCCCAACCCCAACUACGCCGGGCAGACCACGAGCGGGGACAUCGCCCUGAUCCAGCUGGCCACGCCGGUCAAUUUCAGCGACUACAUCCUGCCCAUCUGCCUCCCGGACACCUCCAUCCGAUUCCCGCCGGGCAAAGAGUGCUGGGUGACCGGCUGGGGCCCUGGGCCCCUCACCGUGGCUCUUGGUACCCUUGCAGUGGACCUGCCGUCCCCGCAGACCCUGCAGAAGCUGCAAGUCCCCAUCAUCGACACCAAGACGUGCAAGUCCCUGUACCGCACCAACGGGGUCAACCGCCCACCCUACAGAGACAUCCAGGACGACAUGAUCUGUGCCGGCUACGCUGAGGGCUUGAGGGACGCCUGCAAUGGUGACUCUGGAGGCCCCAUGAUGUGCAUAGUAGGGGAUGUCUGGGUGCUGGCUGGAGUUGUCAGCUGGGGCGAAGGCUGUGCCAUCAAAAACCGCCCCGGAGUCUAUAGCCGCCUCACCUCCUAUCAGAACUGGAUCCAGGAAUAUGUCCCUAAUAUAGAGUUCAUCAAGGAGUCCAAGGGCCGGAAAUCUCGCGACGUGGCAAAUAUCAUAGGACAAAAGCACCCUGACGAAGUCUGGGCCAGCCAUGCUGCCUCUGCUGCUGUCAGCACCCUUGUCCUCUUGGCUUGCCUGCUGUACCUGAUCUAAAACCGAGACAGUGGGACAGAGAAAGAGAGAGGAUUCCCUGCCUCCUCUAGCAAGAUGGAAGAAAAAGAAAGAAGGAAUCUAACUCUCUGAUCCUGUCUCCCCAAAACUGGCUCCCUAAAAGCCCUGGACUUUAGCAUUCCCUGUGGGGAAAUAAUUUAAAAAGUUUAAAAACUAAGGAAAUUCCCAGACCAAAAAGUUUGUGAAACACUGCAAGUGCGCAUACUUCCCUCUGUCACUACAGCCAGGGUGCCAUAGUUGUGAAGGAGGGUCAGCCACUUGUUCUAGGUUUCUAUCUUCAUGAAUAUAUUUAGGGCUAGGGCAUGGGAGAUAGGACAAAAUAGCCUUUGCUUUCUUAGGAGGGAUCAUUUCAGGCGGGUAUAAAUACAUGGGAGAUGGCCAUCAGUGUCUGGUUUUGCAGGGUGGAUGAGGUCUCUUGGGAGAAGUCAAGGAGAUUUUGGUUGAGGGUGAAGUUAACCGAAACUGUUUUGAAUGGUGCUAAUUUGAUAGGAACAUGUCGACAUUUCUGACUUUGACCAGGAAAAGAUUGGCAAGUGCUAAUGCCAUCAGACAAGGGCCUCCUCUGGACUCGUGUGCUCAGUUCUGGGCACCCAUGGAAAAGAAAGUAAAAUUCUGAGAUGGACAGGUGCAGAAAAGGCCUUCGCGGACGAGCAGAGGCAUGGGAAGCCAAUCUUAUGAGGAGAGACUUGGAGAGACUGGCUUUUUUAGUCUAGGAAAACAAAGCCUGAGAGAGGAACUGAGUUUGGAAAUUUUGCGAUUCUGAAAAUUGCAACUUUUGAGAUGGCCAAAAUUGUGAAAUUUUGAAAUUUCAAAAAGGGCAAAUUUUGACAUUUUGAGAAGUGCACAUUUUGAAAUUUUCAAAAAUUGCAAAUUUUGAAAUUUUGAAAAGCACACAUUUAGUUGAGGAGAAUAACAGAAAGGCACUGAUGGUAAUUAAUUCAUUAAUUUCAAUUCUCCUCUUUCACCGCUACCAUCUUUUGACCAGCACAAUCUGGGUUACAAACCAUAUGAAUUUUAUUCCACUUUGGAGCGGAAGUCUUUCUCUCUGGAUUGACCGAUCCCCUUUAUAAAUUUGAGAGGGUGUUUAUGGGCGUAUAUAUACUGAUGCAUUUCUCACAUGAACUAACUCUAAAUAUCAUAAAACACAGACAAACGCAGUCCUGAGAUAACCUGCGUUGUUUUAUGGUCUUCCCGCUGUGGAGCACAAACUGUGAAUGAGAGACAGCUCAGAUGUUUUGAUAUUAAGGAGCAGUUUGGUCACUGGACACAAUAUUGACCGAUAACUAGAGGUGUGUCCAUAGACAUGCCAGAACUACGGGUAUUUGUUGAAAUGGUAUGCAGUUCCUGGUAUUUCAAACAUUUAUCUUUAUUGUGACUUUCAAUAUUUCACACCUGCUGGUGGUUUGUUUUGUAAGUGAAUUGGUUGUGACCUUAACAACUUUUUUUGUCUGGGAAUUUCCUUAGUUUCUGGGAGCUACAAAAAACUUGCUGCCGUUAGUUAUUAUUUUUCUUUUGAUCAAGCAUCUAUUUCUCUGGAGGCGGCGGCUUGUUUCAGUCAAACGCAAGGUAACGCGGCAUUCCAAUAUUUCGCUGCCGGAGCGCAGGACUGCUUUGGUCCAGAGAUGACUAGCAGACAGAGGUUGCAAGCUCCAUCCAGCUGUCCGGGUGGGGAAAUGCGACUUUCUCAACUGCUGUUGCUUGACUCCUUCACCCUUGCUGUUUGGCUGGGAUUUGGUGAGUCUACCGUCAGAAUGUGUGGGACCCGUGGGGCCAGAGUGAUGAAUCUCAGGGAGUUUUAUGAAGUUUUACAAACUCUGCGCCCUUGGGUUGAAGUGCUUGGAAGUUUCCAAAGGCGGCAGGAGACGAGGACAGACAAGUCUCUCUUCUGUGAGUGCCAAUCCAGAUCCUUCUCUCUGCUUCUUUAGCGAAGGCCCGGAUUCUCAAGGGAGCUGCACGUCAUGGGCAGCAAAGCACCUAGACGGGAUCUAGCCAAGGAGCGUGAGCCGAACAUCAGAGAAGCCAAUGGCUGGUGGCCACUGAUCAGGUCGCCAGCGCCAGCAAGGGGUGGACAAAGGAAUUCGCUGUUUGCAACAAGGGCUGGCUCUCAGGAAAGCUUUCCAGACCUAAGCUCACGGCUGGAACAGGCUCCUCGGGGGAGAGGGGGGGUCAUGGAUGUACCAUCGCUGGAGGGGUCUAGGAACUUGUCUGGGAGGGUCUAGGUUGACUUGGUCCUACCUCAGCCUGGUGGGCAUGAAGGAGAGGGCCUGCUGUGAUUCCAUCCUGCCUGGCGCGGCCACGAUCGGCAAAGGGCCCUUCCCGAAGGGUUGGUCCCAAGGAGACGUGCUCUUCUCCACCCUCGGAGCCCACCUGCAGCUCCCGAGGCCUGGUCCGUUGUCGGACGUUUCCAGCGUGACUUCUGGAUGCGCUCAGGCCUGGAUUCCUCCUUCGAAGCCAAUAAAAUCCUUUCCCCCCCACAGCUGCCUCUCUGAGCAAAUAAAGCAAGGGGAAGAGAUUGCAGCUGGGCGCCCCCCCUGGUCCAGAUGUGCUGGAGAGAGGGUGUGAACUCCUCUCUCCCCCUCCGCCGACGUGGGGUGGGGGGCUCGCCCCGGCAACGGGUCCAAGAUGCACAGUAGCUGCGAGGCAUCGCGAGCCGAGACGGGGCC